AUGUGGAAAGCUCAAUCCUCCGGAAUGAGAACUAUGAGGGCAGUGCUCCCCGGCAUAUAUCGCUGCUCAGGCAGUCAAGUUCGAAGCACAGCAGUCCAUUUCAACGCGAAAACACAGACGAUACGCCAUUAUGCUGCUACAAAUAGCAUGCGAAAUGCGAUUAAGGAGGAGGUCAAUAAGCCGGUGACAGUGCCCUCAGCCGCACAAAAACAAGCGCAGCCGUUGCGACGCGGUGUUCAGUUCCAGCAGAAUCAAGACAUGAAGCCCCAGCCAGGUGAUAAGGAUUUUAAGCCUCCGAUGCUUGAUCGCCCGAUCGGGACCAAUGCGCCACCGAUGGCGGGCGAGAAUACGGGUGUUGAUUCAAGGUCAUUGAAACAAAGGCGAGAUGACUUUGUGAACUACGACCGGCACCUUGAGCGAAGAAAGGAAUUAACACGACAGGUCGCUAAGCCCUAUUUCCGAGAAUGGUCAAAUCUGCGCUUCCUUGAAGGAAAGACGUUCGUGUCAAACCCUCGGCUUUUCAAAGGCGACAAGGCGCUCUACUUCCCCAACAUGUCUGGAAUCACGUUGGCCCAGCCAAAGAAUCGUCAAGAUACGACCCCCGUUCUGCAAGGCAAAAUCAGUGUGGUCAAGCUGUUCUCCAGUGUCUGGGCUGAGACACAAGUUGGCUCGUUCACGGGCCCGACGCAAAAUCCGCGUCUGACCGAGCUUCUUGCCAACAACUUGCAGGUGGCGCAAAUGGUGGAUAUCAACUUGGAGGAAAAUCGCAUGAAGGCGACCUUGGUUAAAAUGUUCAUGUGGAGUAUGCGCCGGAAGCUUCCCGAGCAGCAGCACCCCCGAUACUUUCUUGUGCAGAAGGGAUUCACCGAGUCUCUCAAGGAGGCUGUUGGCAUGAUGAACUCCAAGGUUGGCUACGUCUACUUGGUCGAUUCAGAGUGCCGCAUCCGAUGGGCUGGCAGUGGUAAUGCCGAGCCUGCGGAAAUGGAAACGCUCAACGCGGGCCUUCAAAAGCUCAUUACGGAGAGGAAGGCCAUUUACGAAGCCGAGCUUGUCAAGCGCAAGUAG